AUGGAGUCAACUGCCUCUGCCUCUACGCAUCUCCUUUCCUCUACCCUUGAGAUUGAAGAUCAAAGACUCAAUCAAGAUUCUUCUAUCGACUCAUCUUUUCUCGAAAACCAGACCAACGUACCCAAAGAAUUUCUUUGGCCCAAAGUUGAUUUAGUUAAUGCCCAUCAAGAGCUUUUCGAGCCACUUGUAGAUCUUGAAGGGUUUUUUAGGGGUGAUGAAUUGGCAAUUCAACAAGCUGCCGAAGUCAUUAGGGCUGCUUGCUUAAGCCAUGGUUGCUUUCAAGUGAUAAAUCAUGGGGUUGAUUCACAGCUCAUUAGUGCUGCAUAUGAUUACCUGAAUCGUUUCUUUCAAUUACCUGUUGGCCAGAAAUUAAGGGCUCGAAAGACAAGCACUGCUGGAUUAAACACCUUGAGCUAUUCUGGUGCACAUGCUGAUCGUUUCGCUUCAAAUUUGCCAUGGAAGGAGACCUUAACUUUCUGGUUCGAAGAGAAUCUGAAGGAAUCCAGUGUGGUAGAUUUGUUCAAAUCCAGUUUAGGGGAUGAUUUUGAAGAGAUGGGCAUGAUCUAUGAAAAGUAUUGUGAAGGAAUGAAGAGCUUAGCACUAGUAGUGAUGGAAAUAUUGGCAAUAAGCUUGGGAGUUGAUCGACUGCAUUAUAAAAAGUUUUUUCAGGAUGGUCGAUCUAUAAUGAGAUGUAACUAUUAUCCUCCAUGCCCUGAGCCAGGUCUCACAUUUGGCACUGGACCUCAUUGUGACUCCACAUCUCUAACCAUUCUUCACCAAGACGAAGUUGGAGGUUUGGAAAUCUUUGCAAACAACAAAUGGCAGAUUGUUCGACCUCGUCAUGCUGCCCUAGUAAUCAACAUUGGUGAGACCUUCACGGCAUUAUCAAAUGGGAAAUACAAGAGUUGCCUGCAUAGGGCAGUAGUCAACAGCGAGAGGGCCAGAAGAUCAUUGGUAUUCUUUCUUUGCCCACGAGAAGACAAGGUAGUGAGACCCCCGGAGGACCUUGUGCACGGUGAAGUGACCCGAGCUUACCCAGACUUCACGUGGUCGGAUUUCCACCUUUUCACCCAAAAAUACUACAGAGCCGAUGCUCAUACUCUCCACAACUUCACCAAAUGGCUCUUAUCUUCCAAACCGAUUCACGACCGAGAUUAAUUAGUAUCAUCUCUUGCUUCUUUCCUAUAUAUAUAGCUCUUUGAUAAAUUAAUCAAUUAAUUACAUUUAUGUAUGGUGUCAAUGAA